UCUAUACACAAAAGAUUCUGCAGUCUCUCUCUCUCUGAGACAGUCGGUCCCCUCUUUCCAGUUUCCAGUUUCCAGUUUCGAUGGCGAGUCAAGCUGCGUCUUCAUCAUCCUCCUCUGGUCCACAGGAACACCGACUUGAAGGUCAUGCAGAAGAGGAAGAAGACUUAUUAACACUGUACGGAGCAGAUUCGGGGUGGGUUGAGGCUCGGACUCAUUGCGAUCAUUUGGAUGCCCUAUCUUCCGAUCUCGCUCACAUUCCGACCCCCGAUACUCCUUGCUACAGGUGUCAACACCCGAGUGAGAACUGGUUAUGUUUAUGCUGUAAGGAAGUGCUCUGCAGCCGUUUCGUGAACAAGCACAUGCUCCAGCAUUACCAGCAGACAAAUCAUUGUCUGGCACUCAGCUACAGUGAUCUGUCCAUUUGGUGUUUCUCUUGUGACGCAUAUUUGGAUGCUCAGAUGAUUCAGCAACUGCGGCCUGUUCAUGAGAUAGCAUACAUACUGAAAUUUGGCGAGGCUCCGCCGUUUCGGACGGUUUAAUGGUUGAACUUGAGUCAUUAUCCAUCAGAGGCUUGAAGGUUCAACAUCAGGCAGCGGCAAGUUUCUCGUUGUGGCCUUGUAGGCUUUGAGGUUUCCUUUUGUGCACAGGACGGGAUGGUGUUUGAAGUUUGAACUGACUAUAUAUAAUCAGGUAUUAUAUAAAGCUUGGAAUGUUCAUCUUUCGAGUCUCUGUUUCUUGUGUACCACUACCAUUCUUGGGUGCUAUAAACUUGCAAUUCCUACUGUGUACCACAAAAAUGGCAUUCCAUGCAAUUCACUAGGCCAAGGCAGCAUAAAUACUGCAUAGCCUUGUGGUAGAGAUGGGUUCUCCUUUGAGAAUACCAAACACAAAUGUGUCUUUGGACGGAUCGAUCAAUGGAAAUCGAAGUCCCAAAUUUGCGGUA